GGUCAAGUCGUGAAGGCUGCCUCUCGUUUUACUUUUAGAAGGUUGAAUUCAGACAGAUCACAUUGUCUAUUGAAGCAACUCGGCCUUGGCCUCGUAUUGUCAAUGCCUCUUUGGGCUAUACGAGGUCGCAGCCGCUCCAAAAUGCCGCUGUUAGCUAUUUAUGACCAUUCCAUGAGUGAUCAAAUGGCUCACCGAGUGGACUACAGCAUGAAUGAGGUUGCAGAACCAGAGAUAUAAAUACAGACAUUUCCCGGACGCAGCCUCUGCUUCGAAACCACAUCCAAAGAGCGAUCUCCUUGUCUCAUUCGGUUAUCUUCUUGCCUCAAGACUGUCUUGCAAUCGGAAUUACAUACCCAUUUUCAAAAUGAAGUUUCUCAGUUACAUCACUGCAAUCACCAUCCUCGCCUCCGUGGCAUCCACCUCCCCCACCCCCGCCAACCUCAUUCCCCGGGCCUGCACCACCAUCGCUCCAACAGCCAUCGACGUCCUCGACAGCGCAAACCCCAACACCCCAAGCAUCGGACAACAGUUCUCCCUCGCCAGAACAGCGACUGCAAACACCAAAAUAUCCGCACUCACCUUCGCGGGCAUCCCCGACGAUGCUACAGGUUGUAUGCUCGCCAUCGACAUCCCGGCCCUGGCGCAGCCCAUUGCGACGGGCUCCAGCCAAGCUGACAUCUGGACUACCAAUCCCUGGGACUUGACCUCCCCUCCUACCUGGAACAACCAGCCUACUCGGCGGGAGAUGGUGUCGACAUUCCAGUUCCCAACUUCGCCAACGACAUCCCCGUUCCAUACGAUCCUUGCGUCGAAUACGUGCUCUAACGAAAUGAGUUUCCUGGCAUUGCAGUCAACGUGGCAGACUUCACCUGGGAGUGUGAACUUCCAGAACUCUAUUGGCGGGAGUCAGCCGAUUGGAUUUAGCUUGGUGUAUAAUUGUUAGUGGGAAUUAGGGGAUUCAUGUAGGGAGGAAGAGGUGAUGGCGUCGUAGACUGACAAUAAGAUUACAAAAUGUGGGGUGAGGAGGAAACCAACCGGCGGAGAAAAACAUAGGGGACGACACUAUUCAACAUAGCGUCAACAAAUAGAAUAAUCGUUUCCUGCACAUGUACCUAAAUAUAGCCUUGUUGUUUCACUCCUACCGUGGACUAGCCCUACGAAUGUGACAUGUGCCAGAUGCACCCGCCAAAUAAACUUCUCUUCCUCGUUCAUCCCACUCAUCCACAUCCUAUGGUUAUCGUUCGCCAAGGCCAGCCUUUCCCCCUCGCGUC